CAUUUCCUCUAGUGAUUUUGACAAAUCAGGAGCUUGAAGGCAGGGAAAUCCUCCACAUAUUUCCAGAACUCUUCAUCCAGCCUGGUGACUGAGCAUCUGUCUCGCUUACAGCUGUGGCCAGCUGCAGUGCUCUGAGGAGCUGCACGAUGCUCAAGCACAUUAGCCUGACGCUGCUCCUCGCCUCUACUUGGACCACUAGGCUCCUGGUCCAAGGUGCCAUCUCAGUGCAAGAGCUUUCCGUUUCUGCAUGCAGAUACAAGGGGGUCGCCCUUGUGGCCAGAAAGGCAAGCGCACAGAUGAAUUUCACAGAAGCCGAGGAGGCCUGUAAGGUGCUGGGACUAACCCUGGCCAGCAAGGACCAGCUGGAAGUAGCGCAGAAGUCCGGCUUUGAGACUUGCAGCUAUGGGUGGAUUGGAGGACGGAUCACUGUCAUCCCUCGGCUUUUCCCAAACCCCAAGUGUGGGAGGAAUGGGAAAGGGGUCCUGAUUUGGAAGGUUCCCCUCAGCCAAAAGUUCAGAGCUUAUUGUCACAACUCAUCUGACAUCUGGGCUAACUCGUGCAUUCCAGAAAUCAUCACCACAUUCGAUCCCAUGUUUGACACUCAAACACCCACAAUGGAGUUCCCUGUCAGCAGCAGCGCCUACUCGGCUUCAUCCCCGGACUUCAUGACUCACACUCCGGCUACCACCCGGGCUCCGGCUAUCACCCGGGCUCCGGCUACCUCCCGGGCUCCGGCUACCACCCGGGCUCCACCUUCCACCAUCAUGGUACGGAAGACGAAGGUGGUCUGUAACACGGAAGUUUAUACGGAACCUAACACCGUAGUUGCGACAACCGAACAAUCUGUUGAAAGUGGAAAAGCAUUCAAGAAUGAAGCAGCUGGGUUUGGAGGUGUCCCCACAGCCCUGCUGGUGCUGGCCCUCCUCUUCUUUGGUGCUGCAGCUGCACUGGCUGUUUGCUACGUGAAAAGGUAUGUGAAGGCCUUCCCUUUCACAAACAAGAAUCAACAGAAGGAAAUGAUUGAAACCAAGGUUGUGAAGGAGGAGAAAGCCGAUGACAUCAACUCUAAUGAAGAAUCCAAGAAAACUGAUAAAAACCCAGAGGAGCCCAAGAGUCCACCCAAAACUACGGUGCGAUGCUUAGAAGCUGAAGUUUAGAUGAGAGAGAGCUGGGAAGGUCCAGCUAGGGCAAGUUUCAUGCCAGGGAACCAAAGAAGCCAGCCACUAAUGGUUCCUAAUUAAAAAAAGACUACGGAGUCCUUCAAACGGAGGCCUCUCCUUACUGCAAUCUUCUCCGGACUCUGCCCUCCCUACCUCCAACCCUGCCACAGCCUCCCUAGCCUGUCUGUCUCUCGGCAGUCCAGAGAGUGGAGGAGGCUUUCAAACACUGGACCCUAACACAGCUCCUCUGCUUACAGUCAUAUACAAGCCUCCAAGCUGCCUGACACCAGGGCCAGAGUCCCUGAGACGUGGCCAGCCCCAUAGUCCAAAAUCUUCCUACAGGGAAACACGCCACCUUGCCAGGUGCUCUGGAACCAGGCACAAGUGAAAUAAAGAGAGCAACAGGAGGUCAUGGAGAACCUGGUGACUUGAGACCUAAUCUCUGGGAAGCCAAAAUAAACAGAGCACUAGAAGGGAUCCAGGUACUGAUAGCAGCCUUGUUGGCAGACUGUAAAUACAGGCUGGGGCCGGGGAGCCACUCCGGAAACAGACACGAAUCACGUUUUAGAACAUAGACACACUUUCUCUUCUCUCUACUGUUGCUGCUGUUCCCUAUAGACAAAUACACUUUUCUAUGAAACCAAAAAAAGAGGGCACAGGGGAUUGUCUCUGUGGCAGAGCAUUUACCUGGCACAAAGCUCUUAGUCCAAUCCCCCAGAACCUGCCCACCCCCACAUACACACAAUGAAACAAACAAAAACGUACAUUUCCAUUUUUACCUGUUACAGAACCCAUUAUGAGAAAACAACUAUGUUUAAAGAUAAUAAAGUAAAAAAGAAAAAUGUCAGAUAAUCUACCACAGGCUGAGAAUUCUUUAUCUGACUGAAAUGCUUGGAACCAACAGUGUUAUGAAUUUCAGAUUAUGUUUGAAGUCUGGAAUACUUGCAUCUACAUAAUGAUAUAUUAGAGGGACUCAGUCUAAAUAUGAAAUUUAUUUAUGUUUCAUGUAUACAUGUACACAUAGCCUUGUGGUAAUUUCAUACAAUAUUUUAAAAAUAACUUUGCACAUGAGAUAAAGUUUCAUGGUGUGGCAUUUUCCCCUGGGGGCAUCAUGUUGACUCUCAAACAGUUUCAUAUUUGGUAAAAGUUUGAUUUUUCAGAUUUUUGGACUAAAGAUGUCAGGUGCUAGGUAAGGUAUGACAUUCUGUAAUUGAAUAGUGUUCAUCAUAUAGUUGUGUAUAGUGGAGUGUUGUCUGAAACUAAUAUUUUUCCAGUUUUGAUAUCCUUAGCUUAUCUACUUCUAAACUAAUAUUUUGUUGCUGAGACUAAUCCAUUCAUUUUUCUCUAAUACAGCAACUACUACAACCUUAAUUUAUUAUUAACAUAUUUGAAAGUAUAUUCUUACCUCUACAUAACAACACAUAUCUUUGUGUGCCUUUAACAAAUGUAUUACCAGCUCUCAUUUUCUCAGUAAGAAGAACCUGAGAGGUGAAGAAAUAAAUACUGCUUUGCUGUGGGA